GUCAUCUGCCAUUAGCUAGCUCCAAGUCUCCUGUACUGACUGUUCCGGCUUCCCGCGCGAAACCUGAACCUGAACCCAUGUUCAAAGCAGCAGGCGUAUCCGGCCACAAGCAGCCCAGUCAUGGCUCGCGACUGGCACCUAGUAUCGGCGUCUCGCGUUCAAGCGGCUUUGUGACCCGGCGCCAGCGCCAGCGGUCGAGUCCCUGCGGCAGCCUGACCAUGGGUGGAGAUUCCGUCACCGGUCUGAGCGCCAGCCUGAGCUCUGGGCUGUCCAGCCUGCGCCAGUUGGUGGUUGCGAAACUGCCCAAGCGGUGGGGCGGCCAGGGCGACUACUCUGACGCGCUUGGCGGUGCCCUGAGCUCCAAGGACUCGCUGGAGUACGCAUUUCGUGUGCCCGCUGACAGCGCCGCGGGUGCGCUGCUGCAGCGUGACGCGGACGGCGUCCGCGCGAUGGCGGAGGCGGAGGAGCGGGUGCUGCUGGUGAAGCUAUCGGCCCGGCUGCAGGCGGCGUCCAUUGCGGCGGGCGGGCUGCUGCUCACCUCCACGCAGCACGACUCCUGCAUCGCCAAGCUGGGCGUCAUGCAGGCCGUGGCGGUGCUGGCUGCGGCGGCCAGGUACACGUCGGCCUUGCGCCGCGCCGUGCACGCGCAGGUGGAGGAGGCUGCAGCUGCAAGCAGGGCUGCAACGGCGACAGCUGAGACCGGCAGCAGCAACAGCAGCAUUAGCAGCCUGUCGGUCGCACUGCGCAGCGAUGUGGGCCCUGAGUCCCACGAGGCGCGGAUCAUCCUGCCGGCACCGCUGGGGAAGCCCACCGCGCCCGCCACGCCAGGCGCUCGCGUCGAGUGCCGCUGGACCUCCAAGCCCACCAGCACCACCAGCUCCACGACCACGGCUGCCGCGGGGCAGUCCGCUGAGCCCGAGGCCACCGCCACAGCUGCUAUGGCCAUGCCCAAGCCGCCGGUGGGCGUGUGGACAACGCUGCGGCUGGAGCAACUGCCGUCGCCGGCAGCGCACUGGGUGCGGCAGGAGGCAAUGCGCAAUGCGCUUGCGCGCCGGCUGCAGCAGGAGGGCAGUGCGGAGGCCGGGGCGGAGCUGGCGGAGCUGGCGGCGGCUAUUGAGAUUGAGCACGCCGGGAUGUGCGGCCAUUGCGGCUGGUGGCAGCGCGCCUACCAGCUGGCGGUGCGCGCCGUGCUGGCUGUAGCAGCCGUCGCUGCGCUUGUGGUGGCACGCGGCGUGCUGGGGCUGCUACUGCCGGCCCGCUUUGCGCCAGAGCCUGCUGCGAUGAUGGCCGUCGGCGCCGCUGCGCCUGAGAGCCGCUGGCAGCGCGCGCCCGCGCCGACUGCACGGGCCCAGCACCACUACAUCAACAAUGCAGCACACGAUGGCGGCAUCACAAGCAGCGCCGGGCACCGCGCCACGGCCGUCGUGAAGAUGUCUGAUCCGCAGCUGCAGCACUGGUAGAGCAUCAGCGGUAGGACGGUGAUGGAGCACACAGGCGCGGGCAUCUAAUAGGCUGUGGAUGAAGCAGAUCGUGUGCUGGCGGCGCCUGGUUGGCAGGAGGUGGCACCUUUCUGUCAAUGGCUGACGCGCAUGUUGCGGACAAGCACAUGGAUCAGGACACUGGCCGAUGCCGUGCACGCUCGAGAGAAGAAACAACAUGGCUUGUGUACGUUAGGCCCGCAUCCGGGUCGGCUGUUUUGUACGGUGUUCCUUACGCACAGAGUAUUGACUAAGCAUUACUCGUGCGCCUAGGUGCCAUUUUGUGGUGCAGAUUUGCAUGGGUGCAUUGCCAGCUAGUAUCGUACAUAUAGAGAGAAAUGGACCGUCAUCAGACGCGAUGCGCCGGCUUCGGGCUUCCAGGAGCCACCGCGGGGGCUUCACCAGUUUUGCAUCCAUCACCGCUGCUCAAAAGAUUUGGUUGUGGCUGUUGCGUAUAAUUGCUAGGGCUCUACUUCAAUAAGUGGAUCCGUGAAGGUCCCUUGUUUUGUUGGACGAAACCAGAGCCACAGCCAUCAUGGUGCCGGUCGAUGUGCAGAAGGUUUUGUACAGUAGCCUACACCGUCCUGAGUGGUCGUCUGUCCUAGGCGCAAGCUCAAAACAUUGUUCGCGUGUGGGGACGCCGCGUUGGCGAGAGCCACGGAUGGACACCAUGGGGGCAUGCCGCACCCGUGGAGGGCACUAUAUGUCAUACAUUACAUGAGAAUAGGAGGCAUGUUGAAAUGGCGGUCUACGCCAGUUGACAUGGUAUUGGACAUGUACGAUCUGGGUUAGCGCAGUACAAGCACACGCAGCUGGUCUUUGUAAGGGGCUGCGCGUCUGUAAGUUGUGCAGCCGCUGGCUCCCUGGCCUGCUGACGUGGCCUUGUCUGACGCCACAGAUCUGACGGUCACCAGGACCACCAAUGAGCAAGCAGGCUCCGAGCACGCAGACCUCAAUGCGUG